CAUUUUUUUUCCAUCCUCUAAAGGAACAGCUGACCCGCCAGUGGUGGGCCACCACUGUGUUUUCAACACGUUUCAAAACGAGCAUUCCAUUAAAUUGUUAAUUUAUUUGAUUCUGUAAGUAGUAUAGUUGCAGUACGUUUCUGGUAAAGUGAAAAUGGGCAGCGACAUGGACUUUUUAUACAAACCGAUGGUUUUAGUAACCGGUUUCGGACCGUUCGCGAAUCAUCCCGUGAACGCAAGUUGGGAAGCCGUGAAACUUAUAAACAAGGAUGAAUUAGAGAAAAGACUUAACAUUGACCUUGUGUUACUGGAAAUUCCUGUUACCUACGAGAAUGUGGAUGAGUUUGUGCCGGCGCUGUGGGAGACAUAUACGCCAAAGCUCAUGAUCCAUGUAGGGGUUUGCAGCUUUGCCAAUGAACUGACUCUUGAAUUGCAAGCACACCGCAAAGGCUACCAACGGAUGGAUUACUUUGACAAAUGUCCCCCCAACCAUGUCUGCACUGCGGAAGGAGCCAUACGGAUACAAACAAAAUUGGAUGUGGAACGGAUAUGCCAGCAGUUCAAUAAUGGGAAUCAAAUGAAAAAUACUAUUGCUGUAACUUCGAAAAAUGCUGGAAGAUACCUCUGCGAAUACAUCUACUACACAUCUCUAAGCAUAGACAAGACUCGCACGCUAUUUGUUCACGUGCCAGAUACGCAAAUUUACAGCUCCGAACAGACAGCGAGAGGGCUGGAGCGCAUUUUGGAGCUCUGCCUCCAGCAAGUAAAUGAGAAUGAUACCACGAACUUGACUGAUGACAUGAAGAAAGCAUCGCUGAAUGAAAAGACGACUGACGCUUGCCCGUGUCAGCCUGCUACAAAUCAGUAAUAGUAAACAUUUGCAAUUAAGUAUCGAGUCACAAAUCGCGCCCAAUUUUAUAUGAACAGUUAUUUAUAUAUUGAUUUGUUCUAAACAUUAAUGGCAAAUUUUACUUUCAAGACCAUAAGUCAUUGUUCAAGACACUUCAUUGUGCAGUCUGUAUAAUAAUGAAUUAUUAUAAAUAUUGUAUUACUGACAUUUAUACAUUGUGUAAAAAGUAUUACUAAUUAUAUUAGAUUGUAUAAGGUUAAUAUGUGGUGAUGACAUAAUAUAAGCGUAAAAUGUUUUAUUUAUAUUCCAGUAUUAAAGGUUGAU